AUGGAACCGUCGAGUCGAUCGCUGUACGUCACGCUGCUGAGUAAUACCAGCAAACCGGAGUUUCCCCACAAUACCCCGGCCUCGUUCAAGGUGCGAUUGCCGUACCCGUUGCGCGUCAAGAACUGGCACGUGGGUGUGGCCGGGGUCUACUUACCCGGACCCCCCAACACGGUGUCGCAUGGGGUGACGUCGCAUCCCGUGACGUCCACCCCCACCGCGCCGGUGGCGCCUCUCACGGAACAUCGACAGUCCAAUUUGUUCAAGGGCUCGGAAAACCAGCGAUUGGCGCGCCUGUAUGCCCGGGCCAUGAAGGACGGCGAUUCGACCGCGACGCAAGACAUCACCGUGACCAUGGAGGAUGCCGACAUGCCCGAAGCCACCACGGGGGUGGUGUUUAUGAAAAAAGUGGUCCGUUGGAUGGAACAAGACAAGCUGACGAAACUCUAUGCCGGGUAUGUCUUUGGGUCGGCCGACGUGAAUUAUGAUCUUCAUUUCGAAUGGAAGGACGAGGCGGGGGUCCCGACGUUGUGGAUCCUAAAUGAGAAACUCAACAUUACCUACAACAAACCGCGCCCUUACUUGGGGUUCAAUCGGGUGAUGGCCCAACAAAUGGGAUGGUUGGUGAGAAAAGAGGACCGGUCGUAUGUCCCGGGACCCAAUUUGUUGAUGUACCCGCACGUGAAAAAGGUCAAGUCCCCGAAGUUCGCGGCCGACGCGGAUAGGAAUCAAUUGUUCACGUUUUCCAACUACGUGCACGUGAACGGGGGGAUGAUGUAUCUGUCCAUGGCGAUGGAUUGGCAGUUUGUGAAUUUGGACGAAGCCUAUGCGCGGGCCACCACGCACGUCUACGUGCCUCCCAAGACCCUGUGGAAUCAUUUCCGAUGGAUCAUGGACGACGAGAGCGUGUGGAUCAAGGAUGGAGGCAUUAAGUCCUUGGGGUUUGUCAAUCUGGAAGGCUCUCCCCAUUAUUGGAAGAAGAAGACCGUCGGCAUGACGUUGACGAAAAGCGGCAACAAGUACGAACCCAAGUUUGGUUGGAUCAUCGGCACCACCAAGUUGAGCCAGGGGCUCACGUAUCGAAUCAUCGUCGAGAUCUACACGGUCGACAAGGUGUUGUUCGACAAGACGCGCGUGACUGCCUGGAGUAGUGUCUACGUGCGCAUGAUCGACUCGGCGUUGACGACGCACGUGCAUGAAUACGGGGGUACGCACAUGGUGUAUUACCAUCGCCUCGUGCAAGAUUUCCGGCUGACGGCGCAGUCGGACCGGACGUCGCGGUUGUUCCUCAAAGCGACCAUGGACGGCGUACCCACCUCGUACCCGGCCACGUUGACGGAUCAAUGUUACGUGGUGGUCUACGGGUACACCAUCCCCGCCCACGAGCCACCCUUCACUCAAGUCGACGACGUGUACGACGAUCAUCCGGUCAUUCGACGAGGCUCCACCACCACGUCCACCAGCAGUACCACCGAAACGACCACCACGCCCACGCAUACGGGGAGUCAAGACAAACAGAAAAAGACCACGGUGACCCCCGCGACGCACGGGGAGCCGGCCACGCGUCCGGUGCACCUGUAUUGCAACGUGGGGGAGAGCAGUAUCGUGGGCACGCAGAUCACGAACUUCUUACGAGACCUGCCCUAUAAAGACCAACCCAUCCGGUGGGAACCGGAACACGUGCAGUAUCACCGGGUGCGUGGAGACACGCUGGAGAUUCUGGAAGUGGAAGUGGCCGAGACGAACGGUCAGUUGAUGACCUUGAACCCGGCAGGAGAGACGCAAGUGACGUUGCAUUUCCAGGCAUGA